GAAAUGACAACCUUUGUAAAUGAACAAGUGAAAAAACUUGACACUGCUUUAUCGAGAAGCUUUGAGAAAAAUCUCCAAGGAACAAAAAUUGUAAACUUGUCUUCAUUAGGAGAGAAGGAUCAAUUUUUAUUUCAAGCAUCCCAAGCACUUGACUUUUCUGGGAAUAGCUUGCCGAGUUUUGAAAAGGUUCAAGAAUAUCUCGAAAAGUACGGGGAGACAUUUAAUCAGGACAAUAAAGCAACAGCAGAACUCGAAUGGCUUUUCAUCGCCAAAUGUACUAUUGCCAUCUAUGGUCAAGUAUUCUCUAAAGUGCUGAAUUUAACGCUUCCUAUUUCUGAAUCAAUCGAUUAUUGGAAUGGCAUACACGGGAAUACCGUUCAAGAAAUAUACUAUGCAUUACAAGUCGCUCCGUUCCGUAUCUUCACGCUAUUAAAGAAUACAGUUAAAAACAUCAACAACACGUCAACUGCGAUUCAGGAAGCAAAAUCUCUUUUCUCCUCGAGCGAUUUUAUAUUGACUCAGUUAUUCCCUAUACAUUCUACAACAAAAGCAUCCACCAACAGUAUCGCUACAAACAGAACGCAGCCUUUCAAUGCCUUGAAAUUCUUUACGCUCUCUACUUUCCAUAACCGUCCACUUAUACUUGAAAUAAUUCGCGACGAAGUUGAUUUGAAAAAGAAAUCUUUACAGAAAUUUCGUUCCCAACAAGCAGCCAGUUUAGGUAUUUUGCUCUUGACUCCCCCUGAAUUCAAUCAAGAGCAAGGUGAAUUCGCCAGUUCUGUAGCCAGUCAAGCAAGAACAUGUAUUAAAAUGAUUAAAUAUGUCAUGGAACCACCCUUAGAUGACGGUCAAGAUGGCACGCUUCAACAAAAAAAUGUGCAUCAUCUUCAAAAACGUUUAGAUUCAAUGUCUGACAUCCACAGCUCUUCUGCAUCUGAUGUUACUAUGGAAUUGCGUAGCGUUGUCAAAAACUGGUCAUCGGGAUACCAUCAUAACCUAAAAUGCGUGCAAUCCUCAUACGGAGUUCCUUCUGUACUGACGAGAUAUUGGAUCCCUGCAGUCGUAUCCUAUUUUGCAGGCAACUGGGCUAUACGCUACGGAUUUAAAAGAAAAGAGGAUAUUAUGUAUUGCCUCGAGGAACUCGGAAAAACAGGCCACGAUUUUAUUUUGAAUUGGGUUUGGGAACCCGUCCGUAAAGUUUACGAGACAAUUAGACUUAAGGAUCAAAGACUCAGUAUCUUGAGUAAGCAAGGGCUUCAAAGCGACUUGGACUCACUUGAACGCAUGGUAGUUGGAUUCGCAAAAGACAAUUUGCACCUUUCAGAAUUAGAUCUAUCCCGUUUAGUUAUCGAUAUUCGUGAAGGUGAUAUGUCUGUUUUACUGAAGGAAUACGAAAAAGAGAUUAAGAAUCCUUUAAAGAAUGUUAUCGCUGGUGAUUUACUGCAAACUAUCCUCAUUCAAGUCCAAAAGACAAAAGUAGAUGUGGAUCUUGCCAUGUCAGCUCUUGAUAAGCUUUUGAAAUCGAAUGAGCUGAAUUUUGCUUUUUUGGCUGUUGCACCUUCUAUGCUUCUUACAUGGGCCUCGGCUUCUUGGUUUAAAAAUACAUUACAAGGAAGAUCACAACAAAAGAUCAAGAAAACUGGGUUGCCCAUGCGUGAAACAUUAAGACGCAUAGAAAGACAAUUGAUCCUUAACGAGUCAACCCAAGACAAUGAAUUAAGUGAAUGGAAUGCAUUGUCUGGAGAAGACUGUGUUCAUCAAACCGAGUGCGAAACACAGGGUAUUUUAUUGUGCGAAGUGCAUUUAUUACGUGCAUAUGCUAGUACUUUACCCCUAAAAAACUCAACUCGGGCACGUUUUAUGGAGGACGUCCGCGAUUUGGAAAAUCCCAAUUUAAGCAGUGAACAGAAGAUUCAAACAAUUGCUAGAAUGAAUAGGUUCUGGUCAUUUUUAUAAAUAAAAAGUACCCCUUUAUUUUAUUAGUCCCUCCUUUAAUUGUAGACUCGGGUCUGUUAUCCUGACAAUUGUAAGGAUCGACUAUAUAAAGUCCAAUUUAUC